GUAUGUAAUAUGCAUGCAUCCAUAAUAACAGUAUCAAAUUAAGGGAGGCAGUUUUUGAAGGGGUACGGCUAGGAACGCUCCGGGCACACAGCACAGUACUGUUGAGGGAACUUCAGCUUGGCAGCCUAAAGCAUGUAAAGCGCUGACGGUGAACGGAAUGUUUGUUUUCUGGUUUCUAAGGGGUGGAGCGAGCCUGCUCCUCACUUCUCCACUUCUCCAUGUGUGUUUUCCCUGCAGUUCAUUUCUCAUCCUCCCUGCUGACGUCUGACUUCCGCAUUCCUCGCUCUUCCCGACCAGGGAUCAGCUCCAGACUCGAGCUGAUGCAACGAUUCCCGCUCUUCAAGAUCUACUCGCGACCUCCGGCUGACGUCACAAAGGGACUCCACUCGCUCACCUCGAGACCAAAGUCAGCUGUGAUCUCGGGUGUUUGUGACAUGAUGCCGGGACAGAUCCCGGACCCCUCGGUGACGGCCGGCUCACUGCCCAGUCUGGGUCCUCUAGCAGGCCUUUCUGCCUCCACACUGACUGAACACCUGAAGUACGCCGACCUCUGUAACCUCGGGGCCAUGCUGUCCCCUUUCCAUCUCCUGGGGAAGCUGGGCAAGCGGACGCUCCCUAUCAAAGCCGAGAAAGAUGAAGAGGAUGAGCGGAGGAAAAGAAGGAGAGAGAAAAACAAAGUGGCAGCAGCAAGAUGUCGAAACAAAAAGAAAGAAAGAACAGAGUAUCUACAGCGGGAAUCUGAGCGUCUGGAGAUGAUGAACUCAGAGCUGAAGUCACAGAUCGAGGAGCUAAAGCAUGAACGACAGCAGCUCAUACUGAUGCUCAAUCGCCAUCGGCCCACCUGCAUCGUGAGCACAGACAGCAUCAAGACGCCUGAGAAAGAGAGCAACCCUCUCCUGGAGCAGGUGGAGGCCAAAUGAGAAGAACCACACACUUCAUGACCACGUUACUGUUUACAGGUCAGCUCGUCUCCAGAGAGCUGAAGCACUUGGCUCGAAGCACUUGGACAUUUUAGGGAAGAGAGAAUUGCGUCUCUGACCUGCGAGGUUGGAGUUUAGAGACUAAACGAAGAAAAAAGAAAAACACACCGAUGGCCUGUGUGUUGGCGAAACUUUUGUGGGACAGUUUUUUUUCCGUUUUUCUUUUUUUUGGUCAUAAAGUGCCUUAUUUGUUUUAGUCCAUUUCGUUUUAUGGGAAGAAUUGUCUGUAGGUUGUUCUGAACUGAUGAAAACACUCAUUGAAUGGUUGGACAUGCAUGUUAACUGGAUGAUUCUUCACAGACCGUCUCAACAUUUAUUCACCAUUUGCUGCCUUCAGUUGGUGUUUUGUUUUCUGGCGCAGGCGUCAUGUAUGCACAUAUGUAUGAACUGUUUACAUCUUGCCAAUUUAUUAUAGUUAUCUAGUAUAUAAAUAUAUGAUUUUUAUACUUCCUGUACAUGGACUUAUCACUAGAUGUGAUACAUUUUAUGCAACAAUUUCAUAACCUCUAUUUCUGUGACUUAUUCAAUUUGUUGUAUAGCUGUGAAAACUGCAAUUACAAUUAUUAAACAAGUGAUUUCCAAAA